CCAGGACAAAGGCCCGACUCCAUGGUGACUGGACUCCACCUCUGAUCUCCACGGAGACAGGAACCCCCUGCAGCAGUGACAACAAACCAGCUGGGGAAAGAAAACACCGGGGGCUCCAUGGCUCAGAAUGGGGGACAAGAAGCGAUGGCUAACUCCACAAGUGAUUCAAAGAUGAGAAAAGUCAUUGAAGAUCUGACAAAAAGCCUGAAAGAACUCUGUAGGAGCCCCGAAGAUGAGAAGAGUGAGAAGGCAUUGCUACAAUCACAUCUAGAACAGCAUCACCUCAUCUGUAUGUUGAAGAAAAAAGCAGAGGAUGCAUACAAACAAUGCAAAGGCCUGAAGCAACAAAACAUGGAGCUGGAGAAACUGAGGAGAGAGGAUGCUGUGAAGAUGAAAGCCCAGACCCAGCAGAUUCAGUGUUUGGAGUGGCGCUUCAGGGAUCUGGCUGACAACCAUGAAAAAAUGAUCCAGCUCAAGGAUGAACACCGGGAACGGAACAUGCAGCUGCAGGAGGAGAACAAGCGCCUGCAGCAGGAGAACCAAGUGCUCUUCGGUCAGGCUAUGAAGAGGAAGGAAGCUGAAGUGCUCCAGCUUGCUGCCCAGGCCAGGAAGCUCUCGGAGCAGUUAGACUCCUUACAGGAGAAAUGUGCUUAUGAGACCUGCAGAGCGCAGGAGCGGGAAGAGGAGCUGCUGGAAGCUAAGAGCCAGCAAGCCAGCUCCUACGCCUGGGAGGUUGAUUCCUUAAAGCACCAGCUGCAGUGCCUACAGGAGCAGCACAAACAAACCCUGGCGAAGGCAGAGCACGUGGAAAGCCAGCAGAGAGCCCAGGACAGCGAGUUGCGAGCCAGGCUGCAGAGGGCCAACGAGGAGAAAAAACAGCUCUUGAACCUGGCCACGGAGAGAGGCAAAGCUCUGCAGGACAAGCAACAGGAAAUUCAGCAGCUGUGGAAGAAGCUGGAGACGGCAGAGAAAGCCAAGCGGAAAGCAGGGAAGCGCGCGGUGAAAGAGGCAGCAGCAGCGGAAAGUGAGCUGAAGGUGCAGGAGCUGCAGCGGGAGCUGGAAAGCAGCAAGCAGGCGUACAAUGAACUCGUGCUGCACUUCAAUGCCUACAGGAAGCACAGUGAGGAUUUACUGACGAAAGAGAAAGCGCUGAAUGACAAACUCCGUCAUUUCAUUGUGUGACUACAGCUUUCUCAGUGCCUCUCUCAUGGCACACCACUUCACGCUGUUCCCUUGCACGAGAUCAUCUUCUGCUUCCUCUGUAAUGCACUUGCCAGUUUAAAGCAGCCUACAAAGAGUUCUGUGGCCUGUUUCUUUGUUAUACUUUUAUAGAAGGAAGAGCCGUUAAAUCUGAACGGGGAUGGUUGAACCAGUCAAAGCUGAGACAUGACAUUAGGGUGGAAAAUGUAAAGUAUGAGUUUGAUAUAUCUGAUCCUAACCUCUGCUCUAUCAUAAUUUUCACUUUUUAUAGUUAAAAGCACAUUAUUUUCCAAGAUGGACAAAAGCUCAACCCCUUUUGAGCCUUUUGUGUUUGAUUCUUCCUUGAAGUUCAGCAGAGGCUGGGCAUGUAAGAGGUAACACCGAGGCUCC